GAAGAAUAAAGUGUUUUCUGAUGACGACACACUGUGCGACAACGAAAAAGCUACAUGUGGAAUGGCCAGACUGACAGGGAAUAUUUUGGCAAUUUUGUUAGGUUCUUAGAUGGUACUUUUCGAUUAAAAACAAUAGUUAGCUAAUGUGUGUGUGAAGUAUUAUAUGCAUGAGGUUGGUAAGCUUUACUUUCCCGUAGUACGUGCGUAUAUUUGAACACUAGCUAGCAGUUACAACCAGGCAGCAUAGUCGAAGACACUCGGCAUUCAGUUUACAACAGAAGAAAAAAUACACGUCAAAUGUCCAGCGACACUGUCAAAGAUUUGACACCGUCCCGGGAGAACAAUGUUGCCACUGAAAAUAAGGAUGCGCAUAUCGGUAAUAACGGAGGAACAGAGAUUCUCUCAAAAAACCAGAGGAAGAAGCUUUUGAGGCACCAGAAAUGGGAGGAGGAAAGGAACCUUCGCAAGCAGAAGCGGAAGGAGAAGAGGCAGAAGAGGAGCCUUGAGAGGAAGACCCAGGGGGAGGAGGGUGGGGAGUUUGUGGCUGGCCGGAAGCGUUUGAGGAAAGAGGUGAAGCCCAGCAGCCCCCUGAGACUGGUGAUAGACUGCAGCUUCGACAACCUCAUGAUGUUUAAGGAUGUUAGGAAGCUCCAUAAGCAAAUCCAGAGAUGCUAUGCAGUGAACAGGCGAGCGGUGCACCCUGUUCAGUUUUUUCUAACCAGCCUUGGUGGACAGCUGAAGCAAAACAUGGAUAAGACCGAUGAAGGAUGGGUUAACUGGAAGGAUAUAACGGUGAAAGCAGAGGCGUACCACGAAGUGGUGGCCAAGGAGCAGCUGGUGUACCUGACCUCUGACUCUCCCAACGUUCUGACGGAGCUGGACGAUACCAAGGCCUACGUCAUCGGAGGCCUGGUGGAUCACAACCACCACAAGGGUAUCACCUUUGAGCGGGCUCAGGAGCUGGGGAUCGACCACGCACAGCUCCCACUGAACAGCUUCGUCAAAAUGAACAGCCGCAAAGUGCUGGCGGUCAACCACGUGUUUGAGAUCAUGCUGGUGUACUUGGAGAAGAGGGACUGGCAGGAGGCCUUCUUCACCGUCCUGCCUCUAAGGAAAGGGGCCAUUCCCUUGGGCCAAGAGGGACCAGCGACGGAAGAGAAUGUGGAAGAGGAGGAUUCUGACAGAGACUCAGACACAGCAGAGACAGUCAUACAGAACACCACGAACACACAGGACCAACAGGAGGGAGGACAGGACACACUGCAGUUGAAAGAGGCUCCCAAAGAGCAGACUGCAGCAUAGCCCCAAAUGCUACCAUGUUCUUCUGGGUCUUAAUAUGAAUUGUUAUCUGUUGCAAAAUGGUUGAUUUAGUGAAUUGCGGGUUUGAGUUCUUUUUGAUUGCAAAAUUAUAGUAAUUUUUAGUCAGUGUUAUGUUAUCAGAUUUCUGUUGAUUUAUGCUUUUUUAUGGAAAAUAUUUGACUUGGAGUGCAUAUAUUAAGUGAACAAGUCACACAUUUGCAGAUCUAUGUUAUACCUUUUGACCUGUUAUUAGUGCUUUGUAGCAAGUCUAAUGCUUUUCAUUAAAUUAAAACAUGUUGACUUACACAGA